CAUUUGGCCGAGGAGACUAAACGAUGGAGAUCGUCACUGGUUUGGCACGGAUAAUCGCGGCGACAACAACAACAAUGGCUUUCUCUCCUAAUCCUCUCUCUCUAAGCGUCCUCGAUCCUGCUUUCGAAUCUUGGCUCCGAGAUUCCAGCUACCUCGAGCUCCUCGAUCACCGCACCUCUGCUGCAGCCGCUGCCGCUUCCUCCUCUGCCUCCGUUUCAUCCUCAGCUGCCGCAACUUCUGCGGCGUCUGACGAUGAACAUCCAUUACCGGUGGUUUUUUCGCUUCUCUUUUGUCUCGACGCGUCACUGUCUCUUCUCUUCUUACAAUUAACCCUUUCUCCAAGCUCUCCGAUGAUUUUUCCGGAGAUACGCCACCGUGGACCACCGGUUUCUUUGGCAAUUGUGACUCUUAUUCGUUUCCAACGUCUUCUCAGCAAGCGAGAAUUAGAGUUCAUGAGUAAAUCAAACGAUUCGCUAGGAAUUACACUACGUUAUUCAUCGUCUUCGUCGCUUGUGCACUAUAUCAAAUGCAUUGGUGAGAUUGUUAGCAAGCUUAGCCCUUUGGGUGCUAUUCAAAUAGUGCAGUGCCAGAUGGAAAUUUGAUCGUCACCCUUCCAUGAGGAAAUUCUCGAUGCAGUCUCCAACAGCUUUAUUAAUUUCUUGAAUGUCCAGGUUUGACUCUGAGAUAGCUUGAUACCCAAAAGUUCUUGUCUUUUGUUUACAGUUUGAACAGCAACAUCUUUAGAGACCUUGAGGAAACAUGUCUGAUUCCAAUCCACUGGGUUCUUCACUACCAAGCGUCCUUCUUUUUUCGGAGAGGUAAGGACUUCCCAAGCUAAUCUUGUUCUUCAUGUAGGAUUUUUAUCUAUAUUUGAACAUCAAACUCGUAAAUUGUCUGUGAAUAAGAGAUUGGUAUUGAAACAGAUUUCUCUGUUGAAUCUGAAACACAGUAGCUUCUUUUUUGGAUUUGGUGAUUUUAGUUGCUGUGAA